CGGAAAGAUCCUCCUCUCCUGAGCCGCGCUGCUUCCAGCCUCCAGUCUCCAGUGUGUGUGUGUGUGUAUGUGUGUGUGUGUGAGAGAGAGAGAGAGAGAGAGUGGAGCGGACAGGCAGCGAGCAGCAGCUUCAGAGCGAUUUAACCAGGAGAUCAGGACCGAUCAAAGUGCCGAAAACACCGCCGGGACUUUAGCGCGCGCUCGGUUUCCUCCGCUCCGGACCAUGUUCCUGGUGCAGUACACAGUGAGAUUUGGAUCGGCAGCUCGAGUGUCCAGCUGAGAAGGAGGAGACGACGACGACGACGACGUCGAUGAUGACGACGACGACGUUCUCUGCCGCUCCUAAGAGCUCAUCUCGGAAAAAAUAAUCGGAUGAGAUUCCCCAAACCUCAACUAUUAAUUACCAACUAAUAUACUGACUCAGACUAAACCCGCUACCCUUUGACCCCGCAACCAACAACGAGCCGCUGCAAUUUAAUAACGCCAAUGGGCCUCUGGUGUCCGAGUGUCCUCUGGAGACCAGUACUGAGAACGGCAGCAAGAAAAGGAAGAGACCAAACCUUCCUUCAGAGGGUCUACGUAAUAUAGCAAUGGACUCCAGCUCGUUGGGUAUGCCCAUGUCAGACCCGAACGCCUGGGCCACCGCCAUGAACAACCUAGGAAUGGCGCCCAUGGGCAUGACCGGACAGCCUCUCAUGUCAGAUUUUGACCCCAGCCUCGGCAUGAUGACGGGUAUUGCUCCGAUGAAUCCGUUGAUGCCAGGCUUGGGCAUCGUGCCCCCUCCAAUUUCCCAAGACCUACCUAUUGUCAAGGAGAUCAUCCACUGCAAGAGCUGCACCUUGUUUCCACCCAACCCCAACCUGCCUCCUCCAGCCACACGCGAGAGACCCCCAGGCUGUAAGACGGUGUUUGUCGGGGGUCUACCUGAAAACGCCACCGAGCAGAUCAUAUCAGAAGUGUUCGAGCAGUGCGGCGCCAUCAGCGCCAUCCGCAAGAGCAAGAAGAACUUCUGCCACAUUCGCUUCGCCGAGGAGCACACAGUAGACAAGGCACUUUUCCUGUCUGGUUACCGGAUCCGCCUCGGCUCCAGCACGGAUAAGAAGGACACGGGCCGGCUGCACGUGGAUUACGCUCAGGCCAGAGACGACCUGUACGAGUGGGAGUGCCGGCAGCGCAUGCUGGCGAGAGAAGAAAGACACCGGCGCAGGGUAGAGGAGGACCGCCUGCGCCCGCCGUCCCCGCCUCCCAUCGUUCACUACUCCGAGCAUGAAUGCAGCCAGCUGGGGGAAAAAAUCAAAGAUGACUCCAAGUUUCCCGAGGCAGUGCGAGUGCUGCUGACCUGGGUGGAGCGCGGCGAAGUGAACCGCCGCAACGCCAACAACUUCUACUCCAUGAUCCAGUCAUCGAACAGCCACAUCCGCAGGCUAAUGGGCGAGAAAGCAGCACACGAGAAGGAGAUGGAGGAGGCCAAGGAGAAGUUUAAGAACGCCCUGGCUGCCAUCCUUAUACAAUUUGAGCAGAUUGUGUCUGUAUUCCACGCUGCUUCCAAACAAAAGGCAUGGGACCAUUUCUCCAAAGCCCAACGCAAGAACCUGGACAUGUGGCGCAAGCAAGCAGAGGAAAUCAGGAACAUCCAUAACGAGGAGCUGAUGGGAAUCCGCCGGGAAGAGGAGAUGGAAAUGUCCGACGACGACAUGGAGGACGCAUCGGAGAGCAAAGACUCGGAUGACUCAGGGCCACUGGCACAGGUGGAGGCCUUGAGGGAGGAGAACGACAGUCUGCGCUGUCAGCUGGACGCCUACAGGAACGAGGUGGAGCUGCUGAAGCAGGAGCAGAGUAAAGCUCAUCCUCCUCACAGCGAAGAAGACACGACACGUCAACAACAGCUCAGCUUCCUGCAACAAGCGCUGCAGGGCAUGCAAAAGCAACUGCUGAAGAUCCGUGAUGAUCUGAAACAGAGAGAGAUGGAGCUGGAGAAAAGCGCAGAGGAUAAGCAGCAGCUGGAGAGUCAAAUCCAAAGCCUUAAAGAAAGAAUUCAAGCCUUCCCCGCAUCACACACCCUGCCUUCGGAGAGGCCGGAGUGGGAGGACAGAGGCAGCGAUGAAAACACAAGUCAUGCCAAUGAGUCAGCAGUGUCCGCAGUGGUGUCCUGCAGUCAGGAGAAAGAGAGUGUCCCAGACAAGAGUCCACCCAGUCCUGUGAAAUCUGAAAGGGAGGCCCUGCUCGUAGGAAUAAUCUCAACGUUCCUCCACGUGCAUCCGUUCGGGGCCAGCAUCGAGUACAUCUGCUCCUACUUACAGCGUCUGGACACCAAGAUCAGCACGACGGAGGUUGAGACGCUGCUGGGCCGACUGCCCUACACCUUUAAGCAGGAGCUGACGGGCGUGGGUGCCAGUCUGGAGAAGCGCUGGAAGUUCUGCGGAUUCGAAGGCAUCAAGACGGCAUAGAGUCAUGCCACCGAGCGUUAAACCCCAAAGACUAACACAGCCAGGGCAAUUUUUACUUCUUUUUUGUUGUUGAAAAAAGGCUCGCUGAGAGGCGUGAGCGCUUCCGACCCUAGCCGACGUCGGCUCACCGAGCCUCAGACACUCUCAUUCAGUUCAGACAGGAAGUGUGGAGUCCUGGGCUCUGGUGUGUGUACCUUCUGCAGUGUUCGAGCACAGACUUGUUCGUUUGACUGUAUGUGUGUAUGUUAAUGUGUGUGUGUGUGUACCAUAUGGAAGGGCCGGUGUGAGCCACCGCGAUAACAGCACUGACCUGCCGAGUGAUUAUCGGAACGGAAGCAGACGGAACUCUGGACGAAGUGAUCUCCAUCGACGUUCUUUGAUUUCCUUUCUUUCUUUUUUUUUCCUUUCCGAAAGAAAAAGAGACAGAUAUAUUUCUUUCUUUCCUUCUGUAUAGGCUGCCGACGGCGUUUUUGUUUGUUCGUCUGUUUUUUUUUUUCUUCCGAUAUUCUGUAAAUGUUUGAAUAACUUACUAUUUUUAAAUAAAAAAGAACCAACAGCG